AGCACUUGGGCUGUAGUUGUCACCUGUUCUCCGAUAAUGGAUUUGAACCGUAUACCUCUGCUUUUGCUACAUUUCUUUGUUGGAGAUGCCAUUGCGACGGAUUUAGAGCCAGGCUCAUUCUCCUUGAAGUUUCCAAAAACCAUGGAAGCAGAAAUCGGUGACACAGUGAUUCUGCCGUGUUACACUGAUCCUCAAACCAAUGUCAUUAGAGUGGAGUGGAUGGUAAAUGUGACAACUGAGGUCCAUGUGUACAGAAAAGGAAAUGAUGAUCUUUAUAACCAAGACAGCAUCUAUAAAGGAAAAACAUCUGUUUUUAAAGAAGAACUACCAAAAGGGAACUGUUCACUGCAACUGGUGGUUUCUCAGUCUCAUUUCGGGAUCUACAAGUGCUCUGUACGUACAUCAAAGAAAACAGAAGACAGUUGUGUUAUAAAUCUCACUGCAGUCAGUGGAAAAGGACCAAGCCCAUCUCUGAACAGUACCAUGGCUGGCUUUCAACUUCCUCAUAAUGCAACUAUUGGAGUUGUUCUUGCUGUACUUGGUGUACCUGCUGCUUGCUGUAUCUUGUUUUGGUGGAUUAAAAAGAAGAAACAAGAAAAAAUGCAGGACCAAUUACAAAUUUCCCGCUGGUAA